AUGGGAGUUUGUUAGUCUCGUUCUGAUGGAAAAAAAUCUCAAAGAUAAAAAUAACUUCAAAUAGUUAGUGAACAAACAGUCUAAGAGAGACCUAAAAGCAAAACUAAUGGUCUUCGACAUAAAACUAUGCCUUCUAUACAUUGCAUUUCAAAAGAUAAAUUAAUUUCUUGCAAAAGCAUUAAUAUUUCAAAAAUAAAAAAGAGGGUUUGUGGAGAAUCAUUGGCUAGGUUUUAUACAGUUCUUAAUUCUUAAUUUGUAUAUCAAAGUAUGAUUAUAAAAUAUCAUUAGAUAAUGAUAAUAUGAGACUAGUACAACAUAAUGUUACUGGUGUAGUAAGAGUAGCAAGAAAUAUUUAGAAACCUGUUGAACUAGAUUAAAAUUUUGAUACGUUUGUUGCCAAUCUAUAAGAACAAACUUAUGUAAUUUAUUUUAUUUAUAUCUAGAGUUCUCCUCAUUUGGCAAACAUCAUAGAGUUAUACUAAGAUUCCAAGAGUUAUUAUGCAGUUUAAGAAUAUUGUAGUGGGGGAUUGUUAUUAGAUAAAUGUGGAUAAGUCAAAGAAGAAGAGGCGAUCUACAUAAUAUCUUAAAUUUUGGAUAUACUAUAGGAAAUACAUAAAUAAGGAAAUUCUCAUGGUAGUCUAUCUAUAUCAAGCUUUGCUUUAUAUGAUUAAACAAAUAAUCAUUAUGUAAAAUUGAUCGAUAUUAUUCCAAUAUUUUAAGUUAAAGAAAAGUCAAAAAUUAAUGAAAUGUAAAAAAAUGAUCGCCAAGCUGUUGGCCUUAUUUUAUUUUAAUUAAUAACCAAUAAAUAAAUUACUUCUUAAACAAUUGAAAUGAUCAUUAAAAUACCAAAAGAUUUACCUACAAAGACUGAAUGGUAUCAUUUAGUUUUAUUAUUGCUUGAAUCAAGAAGUUUCAUCAUAUAUGAGUAGGUAUUGUUGAAUAAAUAAUAUAAAGAAAUAGUUUAAAAAUAGGAAGCAAGAUAUACUGAAACUAUAAUCAAUAAAUCAGUUAAAAAAACAUCAUAUAUUCAACAAAAAAUCUUAAUUAUUAUGAAUUUUAUUUUUUUUAAGGAAAGAUAAUCAUAAUUGGAGAUAAUAUUUAAGAAGAAUGAUGAUAAUAGAAAUGGAACUCUGUCAAAGUAAGAACUUCAAAUAGCCUUGGGAAUUGAAGAUGAUAUAGAUGAUCUUUUUGAAAAUAUUGAUUGUGAUGGAAAUGGAGAAAUUGAUCUUGAUGAAUUUAUUCUUCAUUCUUGUGAUAGAUAAGCAUUAAUUACAGAUUUUAAUUUAGAUGCUACUUUCAAAGAAAUAUCAAAAAGAGGUUAUAUUAUAGCUUCAAACUUCAGUACAUUAAAAAAUUGUGAUGAAGAGAAAAUAGAAGAUGAUAUUAUUAAAUUCUGUAAUUGUAAAAGGGUAUAUAUAUCUUAUUUAGUUUAGAUGAGUUUGGAAUAGUUUAAAAAAUUGAUGAUGGAUUUAUUGUGA